CGAUCACGGGACGUGUAAUAUUCCCACACUGACGUGGAACUUCCUUUGAGCCCUUGAAUAAAAAGUGAACUCAACGCGAUCUCUCAUCCCUGUAACUACAAAUGCGGAACACUUUAAUUGUCGCACUGUCGCUGGCCCUUUCGGCCUCGGCUGCAAUAUUUCCAAAGGACACUGUGGUCAAGAUGCUCGAUCCAAAGGGGUUCAGGAAAGCUAUGAAGGCCAAUGAAACUAGUAUGGUUGCAUUUGUAGCACCUUGGUGUGGUCACUGUCAGCGUAUGGCUCCAGAGUACAGCAAGGCUGCAUUAGGUCUUUACCCUCUCAUUCCUACAUACGCUGUCGAUUGCGACGCCGAAGCAAACAAGCGUUUAUGUAGCGAACAGGGGGUUCAAGGAUUCCCAACAAUCAAGCUGUAUCCUCGAGGAAAACAACUCAACCCACUUACAUAUGAUUCUGGUGAUCGGACAGCAAGCUCGUUCUUUUAUUGGGCAUCAAGACGUGUUCCUAAUCAUGUCAAAAAAAUUGGACAAUUGAAUGAUAUUCAGCGAUGGGCAGAAGAGAGUGCAGAACGUGGACUUCCUCGGGCACUCCUUCUCACCAAGGAAAAAAUAAUACCUUUAUUAUGGACAGUCCUAGGCAACAAAUUUGCAGGGAAAAUUGAACUUGCUUCUCAUCGUGAUCGCAAGGGAAAGAGUUCUGUUGCAUUGGGCUAUGAAGCAGGCGAACAGAAAUCAUCCAAGGUCCUUAUCUACCCACCCGGAUCGACGACCCCCGUGCGAUACGAAGGCAUCAACAAACUUGACUCUCUUUCCAAAUUCUUCGAAUCGGUCAUUGAUGGCACCGCUGACUUGAAAAUCGUCAAUGAAGAAGCCGCUUCUGAGGAGUUCGUUCCCGACGAAGCUGAACUUGAAAUUGAGCGAAAACAGGAAGCUCAACGGAUCGCUCUCGCACACGGAGGCUUCGCCAACUUCAUUGACUUCGAGGACGCGUUGAAGAAAGGCCAUAAUCCGCACGGCUCUCAAGGGUACCCAGGAAUGUUGGGAGACCUACCUCAGAAAAAGAAAAAGCCGACUGGAAGUGAGUCGAUAGCAGCAGAACCGGCGGUGGAAACUGGAGAUGCAAAGGAGCAAGCAGCAUUUGCUGCAAGUGAGCCAGCACCUGCUGCUACCCCGGAACCAUUAGAAGUGCCAGUGGAGGAACAAGCAUCGGAACAAGCAUCUGAACCAGAGCCCGCGCCGGCACCCAAAGACGAACUAUGACCUCAAGGGUUGGGGGUCUGUUGGUCAACAAUUGUCUGUGAGCCAGAUGUAUAACAUAUCAUUAUUCAACCUAGGUGCUAGAUGUACGAUGAAGAUGGUUAAUCAUGAAUGCAAUAUUGCGUUAUCCUAACUCUGUGCAGUGUAUGAUUUCAAGUUGGAUGAAAUGUAGAUGAUGAUCCAUGCGGUGUGUAUAUUGAUGGGAAGCAACAGGUGGUAU